AUGUAUCUGAGUUUUUUCUUACAAGCAUUAUAUCGUCUUUUUAAAAUUAUUCUCAUUUCAAAAUUAUCUACAAUAAAAAUUUGUCGAAUGUCAUUAAAUGAUACUUCAAUUUAUAUUCUAAUGAUUAUUUUCAGUUGGUUAAUAUCAUUUGUUGUUCUAAUUCCAGCAUAUACAACAUUAAAUGUUUUUUCUUAUUUUCCUAAACAAUAUCAUUGUCUUAUAUCUUUUAUAAAUAUAAAAGGUUUUAUUUAUUCACUUCUUGUUUGUUAUCUUAUACCAGUAUGUUUUAUAUUAAUUAUUUAUUUUCGACUUAUUUUCUAUGUUCAUCGAUUACCUAAUCGUGGUAGUUCAUUACAAGCAAGACGGGAAAUAACUGUUAUAAAAUUUAUUUUGAAGAUUUGUUUCGCAAUGAGUAUUCUUGGUUUUCCUACACUUUUCUUUCUAUUUCAAUUCGUUAUUACGGGUGAAAUACAUCCACUUGCCGAUCGAAUUCAUGAACUAUGUAUAUCUAUAAAUGCAAUCGGUUUUACCUUUGGUUACGCACUUCUCAAUUCAUUUUCUAAACUUUUAUCUGAACUUCAUACUGCUGAGGAAAAUAAUAUGAUAAGGUUAAGAAAUAUCAACACAUAA